AUGCCCGCCUACUUCUAUCAUCUGAUUCUUGAAUUCUUUCCCGGCCCACAAAGCUCGUCGCCGACAACCUCGCUCGCUCUCGAAUCCGCAUACGAAGCACUGCGCCCAUUCCAGAACAUCGCCAGCUCCAAGUCCACUCAUGCCUCCAGCGCAAAUACCAACAACGAACUGACUCUCAACAAAAUAUCACGACAUCGUUACCCUGACUCAUCGAGUGAUAGCGGACACCCAAGCGCCAGCGCAAAGACAGCUACAAGUACACCGAACAAAAGCCCCUCCUCAUCACACACCCCAUCUACCUCACUAUCAUCCUCCAAUAACUCCACCGACAUCCGUUUCGACAGUAUCGCCAUCGAGUGCAUUGAUAUGGUUACCCCGGACUGUCCGCCGAAGCGUGCCCGCGCCCGCAGCACCGCGCAGGAAGAAGAUAAUCUCGUGGCGGCGGGCAUCGGCACUGAGAUCCUGAGGUGGAUUGGCGAGAGUAUCUGGGGAAUCGUUCAUUUGUAUCGCGAUGCGCGGGAGUCGUCCUUUCUUGCCGAUGAUGAUGAUUACCCGACCUAUCUGAAAGGGUCUUCUGCUGCUGUUGCGCGACGUGGGCCCGACUCCGGGGGCUAUGAUGCUAUCGCUGCUGGCAGUGGUCCGGGCGCGAGUAGCAAGCAUGGGACCAGACACGGACAUGGACAUGGAAGGUCGCGGUCUGGAGCGCGGAGCCCUGAUUUAUCGGGAUACCCGUUUCCUGUGAUUGCGUCGUCGUCGGCACAGGGCCCUGAGGAGGAUUGCACGACGCUGUGCAUCCUGGCUGUGCCGGCUUAUCUUUCUGGUUCUGACUUUCUGGGUUUUGUGGGCGAGAAGACUCUUGAUGAGGUUUGUCAUUUUCGAAUGAUUAGGACCUCGCGUGCCAAUCGGUACAUGGUUUUGAUGCAGUUUCGGAGUGGGAGGAAGGCGAGAGAAUGGCAGAAAGAAUGGAAUGGGAAGGUCUUCAAUAGCAUGGAGCCUGAGACCUGCCAUGUUGUCUUCGUCAAGUCAGUUGAAAUUCAGGUAGCUGAGCCGGGAUCUCUUUCUGGUUUCUCGUCCGACUCUGGCGCACUUCCGCCUUCCAGCAGUCAAGUCACGCCCCGACACGGUGUUGUCUCAUCAACUGGACAAGCAACUUUAUCCUCGAAACCCCUCGCCCCUCCAACACCAGCUCUCAUCGAGCUCCCAACAUGUCCCGUCUGCCUCGAACGAAUGGACGAAACGACCGGCCUAUUAACAAUCAUCUGUCAACACGUAUUCCACUGCACGUGUCUCCAAAAGUGGAAAGGCAGCGGCUGCCCCGUCUGCCGCUACACCCAAGACGAAUUCCGCAAAGCUAGCCAAGUGCCCUGCGAAGACGAAGACCCCGCCGAAUGCAGCGUCUGCCAAUCUGAGCUUAACCUCUGGGCAUGUCUGAUCUGCGGCAGCGUCGGCUGCGGCCGAUACGACGGUGCCCACGCCUUCGACCACUGGAAACAAACCUCGCACGCCUUCGCCAUGGACCUUACCUCCCAACGAGUCUGGGACUACGACGGCGACGCAUACGUCCACCGUAUCAUCCAAAGCAAACCAGGCGGCAAACUACUCGAACUUCCAGCUGCUGAUCACUCCGCGCUGGAUCCGCCAGACUGGGAAGACGCCGUCCCACGCGAGAAACUUGAGAAUAUGAGCGUGGAAUACACCCACCUUCUCACGAGCCAGUUGGAAAGUCAACGCGCGUAUUUCGAGGAGAUUGUUGAACGGGCUGCGGAUAAGGCGUCGCAGGCUAGCGCGGCUGCAGCAGCUGCCGAGGCGGCUUCUUCCAAGACUACGAUGGCUUUGGAAGAUCUUCAGUCUAAAUAUGAUGCUCUCUCCGCUGAGACGAUACCGGGUCUCGAGCGUGAUCGAACACGUCUUGAGAAAAGAGCGGAUAAGUUCGAGGCACUUGCCAGGCGGAUGGAGAAAGAUUAUCGCGAGGAGAAGACUAUGAAUCAGUCUCUUUUGGAAAGGCUGGAUCUUCUUUCUGGAGAGAAUACGACGCUGAAGGCUGCCAAGACGGAUUUGGAAGAUCAGAAUCGUGAUCUGACCUUCUUUAUCAGUAGCUCGCAGCAAUUGCAGGGCCAGGGGGAGGAUAUUGUUCAGGGAACUGUUAGUGUUCCUGAGCCUGAGGUGAAAAAGAAGAAAAAUAAGGGCAAGGGGAGAAAGUGA